AUUUUUUGGGGCAAGUUGGAAGGAAUUUAUUGACUCUGGUUGUGUGUUUGUUAUCCAAAAAUUCAUUCAAUUCUUCAUAUUAUUAUCAGUCCAAAUUUCAAAGCAAUCCUCUUUUUUCUUCCAGAAUUUUUUAGCUGUAUUUUAAGUGAUUUUGACAAUUUUGUUAUUACACAAAAUAUUAGAAAAAUCAACAGAGAUCACCUACUUCCCAGAGAGAGAGAAAAAAGAAGAAGAAAGAUACCCUCAUAAUAUUCCUGGUAUAGUCUUCUUGUUUUGCAUAUAUUAAAUGGAGUAAAUUCUUGAUAUUAUUUUCUAAUUUUCUUCUUUUCAUCAACCCUUUUCAGCUGUGAGAUUAAUUUCAUUUUGAUCCAUCCAUUCUUGGAGCUUCAAGAUUUUAUUUUUCUCUUCAAUCUGUAUUGUUGUAUUCUGUUUUCCACUGCUCAAUUAAGAUCUUUCUGAAGCUGAUUGAUUGUAAGCUGUUGAUUAUUGUGUAAUUUUGGGGAUAUUAAGUUUCUUGGUAGUUGAACAGAUGAAUGUUGUAGGUAAAGUUAGUAGCUUUAUAACACAAGGUGUAUAUUCAGUUGCUACCCCAUUUCACCCUUUUGGUGGAGCAGUUGACAUAAUUGUUGUGAAGCAACAUGAUGGGACUUUUAGGAGUACCCCUUGGUAUGUUCGAUUCGGUAAAUUUCAAGGUGUUCUUAAGGGGGCAGAAAAGGUAGUUAGAAUAGAAGUUAAUGGCAAAGAAGCUGAUUUUCACAUGUAUCUUGAUAAUUCUGGUGAAGCGUAUUUUAUCAAAGAGGCUACUGGUGAUAAUGAGAAUGAAGAAAAUGGCUUGAAGAAGCCCGAUAGUUUGAAAAGUGAAGGGGAUACUAGUAAUCUUGGUGAUGGUAACCAUAACGAAAGUAGAAAAGAUGAUGUGCUGUCUAAAAAUGAGGAGGAUGAGUGUAAUGCUGCUGAUUUACCAUUACGAGAUGAACGUGUUACUUUAGGUAUGGAUCGAUUGAAUAGGGUAGAUUCUGAUGCUGACCGAAGAUUCUAUGAGUUUCAGGAUGACCAAUCUUCUUUGGAUGAUUCGGUUGAUUUAUCAGAAUAUGGUUCCAGUAGAUAUGAUAAUUUGGAUAUGGAGCAUGUUUUAGAAUCACAGGACUCGAGUUCGGAAGUUGUUCUAGUGAGCGUGGAUGGCCAUAUACUGACAGCGCCUAUCUCAUCAUCUGAAAGGAAUACGGAAGAUGUCGAGUUAGACACACCUCAGUUUCAUCUGGGCCCUGGUCAGGGGACUGAUUUUUGUGAUGAUAGCUCAGAGUUUAAUUCAGGUGAUAGUACAUGGGCUGACGAUUAUUUCAGCAGUCUGAACUCAUCAAAAGUUGCAUCAGGAGACACUUGCGACGUGAAAAACGAGAGCACUACAGUUGAGCACCAGUUAGAAGUUUCUGAAGUAGAUGGGAAACGUCUUGAUCGAACUCCGGAAAAUGACCUGAAGAACCGGGAAGCAGAUCUUUCCAUGAAGAGUACUGUGGAUAGCACAUCAUGCAGCAUUAAGAGGGAUGAUGUUUUCAAGAGCUGUCUAGAGCUAUCUGCAUUUGCCAUGCAGGCUGAAGAUGAGGUUAAUCAGUCAGAUACGGUUUCUCAGUCGGAAAUUCAGGGAGUUGUUGAAGAUGUAAAGGAGACGUCUCAUAGGAGUCUUUCUGCAAUCAGUGCCGAAGAUAUACAUCCUGAGAAAUUGGGAAAUGAAAAUGGCACUCAUGAUUCUGACAGUGUAAGCCUUCAGAAAAGUGACUUGGACAUAGAGCAUAAUGGUUCAGAUAGUGCAAGAGACCAUCUUUUUGUGAAUGAUGAACAGUCUAAGGAACAGGCAGAUUUAACAGUAGCAGCAGAGCAGGCACAAAGUGAACUGCAAGGAUCAGAUGAAAGCACCGAAUGUGAUAAUGUGGAGCAUCAGACUGCAGCUUUGCUUAAAGUGAUAUCUGCAGGAGUAGAGAUAUCUCUUUGUAGGAACUUGCUUCAUGCUGGAAUGGGUUCCGCUGCUGCUAGAGAAGCCUUUGAGGCAAAUCGCGUUUCUGAGGAGGAAUUCAGAAACUCCGCAAAAUCCAUAAUUAACAAUCCAAAUUUAGCUGUCCGAAUUCAAGGAAACUAUUUACAAUGGGACAAAGCAGCUCCUAUCGUUCUCGGGAUGGCUGCAUACAAUAUGGAAUUACCAGUUGACUCUACUGAUGUCAUACCCGUGGAGCAGGAAAAGAACCUAAAAACAGGAGAGGAUGAUAGUGGGUUGCCUUCAACUCCUGGUCGACGAUGGAGGCUUUGGCCAAUACCAUUUAGAAGAGUUAAGACAAUCGAACACACUAGCAGUAAUUCAUCAAAUGAAGAGGUGUUUGUUGAUUCUGAAUCAAUCUCACUGAACCAGCCUACAGAACAAACAGCAUCACCACAAGGAGGAAAGGAAUCUCCUCGCAAGCAACUUGUGAGAACAAAUGUCCCUUCUACUGGUCAAAUUGAAUCUUUGAAACUGAAAGAGGGUCAGAAUUUGGUGACUUUCAUUUUUUCCACUCGAGUCCUAGGAGACCAAAAGGUUGAAGCCCAUAUAUAUUUGUGGAAGUGGAAUACUCGGAUUGUAAUUUCGGAUGUUGAUGGGACUAUUACCAAGUCUGAUGUUCUUGGUCAGUUCAUGCCGUUGGUUGGAAAGGACUGGACCCACUCCGGAAUUGCUAGACUUUUCUGUGCAAUCAAGGAAAACGGGUAUCAGCUACUCUUUCUCAGUGCACGAGCAAUUGUUCAAGCUUAUCUGACCAAAAGUUUUCUGUUCAAUCUCAAACAGGAUGGGAAAUCAUUACCACCUGGACCUGUUGUUAUUUCACCUGAUGGUUUAUUUCCCUCAUUGUACAGAGAAGUUAUAAGAAGAGCUCCUCAUGAAUUCAAGAUUGCCUGCUUAGAGGACAUUAAAGCACUUUUUCCACCAGACUAUAACCCCUUUUAUGCGGGAUUUGGGAAUAGGGACACCGAUGAGCUCAGUUACAGGAAAAUUGGAAUUCCAAAAGGCAAAAUUUUUAUAAUAAACCCAAAGGGGGAGGUAGCUAUUAACCACCAAAUCGAUGUGAAAUCCUAUACUUCAUUACACACUCUAGUUAAUGACAUGUUCCCUCCUACAUCCAUGGUUGAGCAGGAAGAUUUUAACUUGUGGAACUACUGGAAAAUGCCCUUGGCAGACGUCGAUAACUUGUAGAGAUUUCUUCCCGUCAUACCGAUGGAUCCACCUUUUUUGUUGAUCUGAGAAGCCGAAAAGUUUAGCCGGUAUAUGUAUAACCAACCACCUGCAGUUUCUUUUGUAGGAGAGCUGCCAUUCUUAAGGUGUAUAAAAUUCAGCUAUGUAGGUCCUUAUUAUUGUACUCAAAAAGGCAUAUAAAGUUGUUACUCAUGAAUAAAAAAUUUCUUUCUAUUUCUCUAA